CGAAACCCUACUACCCGAACUUACACAACUUGAGUUCUGCCUUCUCCAGCUUGGCCGCAACUUGCUCCAACGGCCGCUAGAGAGAGAGAGCUCACGCGCGCAUGAGAGAGAGAAAGACUGAAAGCUUGCAAGAGAGUGAGAAAGAGAAAGAGAGAGAACAUUAUCAUCGAGCAGGAGAAUCAGAGAAUUUACAUCGUUUUUCGCCGGAUCGAGAGAGAGAGAGAUCGGAGAAUCGCCGCUGAUUCCGUUGGUGGGAGAGUUUUCCACGGAAUCGACAGUAAGAGACCGGAGAAUCGCCAUUGAUUUCGUCGGUAGAAGAGAGAGAUCAAUGUGCGUUUUCGUUUCUCGGGCAUAGGAUCGGAGCUGGAAAUUGGGGAUUUUGUGAUAAUUUCUUUAUUUUCAUUUUUUAUAAUUAUAAUUUUUUGUGAUAAUGAUGUGUAAUUUCUAAAAAUUUAAAUUUUAUUUUUUAAUUAUUUGUUAUUUGCCACGUCACACAUUUAACACUGUCAGAGUUGACCGUCACGUCAGUCACAGUUAACGGAGGUUAACGGAGAGUGACCGAGGUUGAACUGUUCAACUAAUUCGAGUGACUAUAAAUGGAAUAAAUUAAUUUGAGUGACAAACGUGAAAUUUUAUAGCAAUUCGAGUGACCAAACUUGCAAUUAAGCCAUUACUAAUGCAUCAAGAAUUUGGGCUUCGAUUUUGCAAACAGUCGAAUUAAGGUUAUUUUUUAAUUAUUAUGAUAAUGAGGUGGAAUUUUUAAUAGAUUAAAUUUUAUUAUUUAUUUAUUUUUUAAUUGUCACGUCACCUAUUUAAUCUAACGGAGACUAACGACCAGUGAUCAAACUUGGACUGUUAAUCUAAUUUAAGUGACUACGAAUGGAUCGGAAUAAAGUAAUUCUAAUCGUUAACGUGAAUUUUCCUCGUAAUUUAAGUGACCAAACUUGUAAUUUCGCCAAGAAUCAUGUUAUUGAUUGAACAGGCCUAACCCACUCCAAGGUGUGAAAGUGGAAAGACGUCUAGAAAUUUCUGCAAUGGGCGAUUGGACUUCAUAUGUGCCAACUGCCAAGUGAGGAAGUCUUAUUCUGCUUUCUUGGCUUCUUUAGUGAAACCAUUCACGGCUCACCUGCCACUAUCGUCUAUCAGCACAAUGGGAGCUCAAAAUUAGCUAAAUUAAUUUUUGUCAAUGAAACAGGAACUUGAGACAGAGUCAAGUUACUCCAAUUGACAAAAAGACUAUUUAAUUUAUGCUUACCUAAUUAUGGACUAGUAAAUGGCGAUAUUAUUCGAAAUUUGUUUUUUUUAUAAUGGUGAUAUCGUAUUAAUUUACUAAGGAAAAAAAAACAGAAAAAAAGAAAAUGAAAGAACAUGACUCCAAACUAAAAAAAUGCUCCACACGAACCAACAAAAGUGGCUUUGCAAGCCGAUAGAUAUAUCUAAACUCUCAGAAUUUUGCUCAACUGCCAACUAGACAUAAGAUGCCCAGACAACAUAGAAAGAAGAUGAUCCAAUAAGACCACUCCCAUUAUCUUCACGCUUGUUGUUAGGUUGAUUCCACCUAUCAAUUCUUCACAGUCGCACAUUAUUAAGAAUUCAAGGCUGCUCGCUGUUCUUACAAGCUGGAAGUAACUUUGUCCUGAGCAUGACCAUCCAUUAUUUUCCUAUUUCACUAUCAACUCUGUUUGCUAUUAUCAACCAUCUAGCAAUUUGUCAUCCAAUUCUAUAGGAUAUAAUAUGAGGAGGUGCUGUGAAGUUUUGGCAUUUUAAUGUACCAUAACGUUAAAUGUAUAAGUUCAGGUUAUAAAGGAAUUUGUACCCUUAUGUUAUGAUACAAGUUCAAGUUGUACCAUUACAUAAAUGUGCAUAAAAGAAUUUGUAAAAAAGAGUAUAGGUUCAAUAUGAAAUUGUACCAUAACGUUACAUGUACACUUUCAAAUAGUACCAUAAAAACAAAAACCUAUAGCACAAAUGCUAUAUAUAGCAUCGUAAAAUUUCUCAUAUGAGGGUAGUGUACUUCCCCUAGAAACUUCUAUUGUUCCUUUCCUUCCAAAUACUCCAUCAAAGCAUGGUCCAUGAAACCGUACCGGAGAUCGUACCGGGAAAGUUAGCGGUAGGGUAUUUUAUGGUAAAACCGUGGUUUAACCAUAGUUCAACCGUUAUACCGGUAAAUACCGCCUAUCGGUUUAGCCUCCAAUACUGGUAUUUCGUGGUUUAACUGCCGAUACGGUACGGUUUCAUGGACACUGCAUCAAAGGGCACGAAGUAUAGACUUAACCAUUCCUUGAUCACUGAAAUGAUGUCAUUUGGAACAUAUCUUCAAUGUGGAAAGAGACGUAAGAUCCUCCAUACUAGCAGUGCAGAGCUGCUAGUUAGGAAGAGAUGAUUCACACACGAUUUGCUGGUAGCACACAAGGAACAUUCCUAAAUUAUAAUAUAUUUAAGACCAGUUAUCUAGUGACAUAUUUUACACCGUAUUCAUAUCCUUGCCAUCUUGAUAACUUAGAUUUACUUUAUAAAUACUCAAAUGUGUGCUUUGCCGCUCCUGUGAUCACUUUGACAAUUUUGAUGCUCUUUUCAUAGUGUUUCAUGUUUUUUCAGACCAAAGUGUUCUAGUGGACCACCUUGUACGAGUAGGAGACAUCAUGGCCUAACUUUUAGGGAUUCAGUUAGAGAGUUCUGCUCCUACUUUCUCUCCCAGCAAACCUAAUAGAAGAGCCUAUUUACCUAAUAGAAGAGCCUAUAAAUAGAUCGUCUCAGCUUUCAUUUGAGACACAAGUUGCACAUGGCUUUACUCUGCCAACAGUGGAACUCUCCGUUCCCUAAACGAUCCUAAAACUUGAGGGCAUAACGCUGGCAGAAUUGGCGACUCUUUAGAUUGCCAUUUUUCCAGAUUUUUGGGAAUCUCUUCUUAAAUUGUUAAUUUUUCUAAUUCUUGUCCACAUAAGUGGCUAGUUCGUUAUUCAUAUAGGUUUGCAAACCCUAAAUGAUAUUUAGACGAUGUAAUGUUUAAUUCUUGGUUACACAUAUACAUAUAAAUGAUGUUUAUUGGAAUCUUCCUUGUUAUGUUUACCGUAGUUUAAUGUAUAGGUGUCAAUCAGCUGGGUUUGGGUUGGGUUCAAUCGGGUUGUGGGUUAUUCGGGUUGCCGGUUCAUCAGGUUGUCGGUUCAUCGGGUUCAGGUUCAUCGAGUUCAGAUUCAAACGGGUUACGGGUUAGUUUACCAACUUACACAUUUUAUUACACUAAUUUAAAAUAUAUAAAAAAGGAGAGUGGUAAAAUGAGUUAUUUCGAAAUAAUUCAUUGCCCAAAUAACUUCAGUAAAUUAUUGACAAAAGAGUUAUUUGUAAAAUUGUUCGAAUUACCUUAAAAAUUGAACCAUUAAAGAUUAACUAUCAAAUUUAGUAAAAUUGUUGUGACUUCAAUUAUAAUUUUUUUUUUAUAAAGAUGAAAUAGUAUUAAUAAAAAAAAGGAGAAAGUUUACAGAAAAAAAGCAAAGAGGAAAAAAGAGGCAGCAAGCAAAUGUAAUAGUGGAAUGCAACAGCAAAACAAUUGCCGGAAACCACUACAAACAAAGCCAAACAAAACUAAAAUGAGGCCAAGUCUGGUGAGACAGAGCGAAAGGUCAUUCCAUUGCUUAGCUGUUGUGGUCCGAUCUUUGUGCGAGCAGUCUCCAAGACAGCAACAUCAAAAGAAGGAUAGUGCAUUAGAUGCGAACAAACAGACUUGUUGCAUCCUACCAACAGCUGUGAACGUUCAUUCACAACACCAUCUCAGUCAAAGCCCAAAGGAAGCAGCGUGCAAGUAGAAAUCUCAUUGACAAACUGACUUCAACUAUAACUUAUUCAAUAACAUAUAUCAUAUACACUUAACUUUAUCCUCAAUCGACAAUAUUAAGUUAGUAUAAGUUGUUUAUCGUAUACCCUAAACUAUCAAUAGAUUAUACACUAAUCACAUACUCUAUACUCUAACCAUAUAUCCUUAUGAGUUGUGAUUUUGCUAGUAUAGUUAAUUUAAAGUGAAAUUCAUACUUUGAUUUUCAAAACAUAGAUAAAAAAGUGAUAUUUGCUAUACCCUAACCAUAUAUCCUAUACUCUACACCAUAUACCCUAUACCCUAACCACUUGCAAUAAAUGUAGAAGCAUAGGAAAUAAGUAGACAAAUUUAGUGAUUUUUUCUAAAACAAAUUAUUGUUGUAACAAAUGGUUAAUUUAGUUAUCUCCAUAUAAAAAUUAAAGAUUCAUAUUUCAAAGGUUGAAAACUCAAAAUUAGAAACACUCAAUUUUCCCUACUCUUUCUCUUUAAUAAAAUUGAAGAACCAAAUUUGCCUCUUCCUUUCUUCAUUUCACAAAAAGUUGAAAACUCAAAAUUUGGCUUCUUAUUUCUCUUUUAUAAUUAAAAGAACCAAACUUUUCCACUUCUUUGUCUUCCCACAAAUCAAAACCACCAAAUUCCCCCUUGUUUCUUUUCUAAAAAAUUUCAAAAAACCAAAUUUCCCUCUUAUUUAUUUUCCCCAAAAGUUGAAUACACAUCCUGGAGAUCGAAGAAACUUAUGCAGGGCGGUUACAACUGGUGUCUUCUGUGGUAAUGAGUGUUGUCCAGUACUGGCUUCAAAUUAUUAUCAUGCCAAAGAAGGCUCUAAAGCGAAUACAGAAUGUAUGCCAAGACUUCUUAUGGCAUGGUGAGGAGGCAGGGAGAGCAAAAGUGGCUUGAGAUCACAUUGCACUACCCAAAAAUGAAGGUGGCUUAGGGUUGAGGGACCUGACUUCUUGGAAUCGGGUUUGUUCUCUGAGGCUUCUUUGGCUCAUGUUGAUGCAAUUAGGCACUUUUUGGGUAGCCUGGGUGAUGGCGUAUUGCUGUAAAGGGGAUGAAGUGUGGCAAUUGAAGAUCAACUACAGCAGCUCCUGGGAAUGGAGGAAGGUACUGCGCCUUCCCCCUAAAGUUCAACAUCUUUUGUGUAAGCAAGGAAGUAUUGCUCUUUGGGAUGGACAACCUAUGGAGCAAUACUCUGCUAAGCGUGUAUGGAACACACUUUGCCCUAGGUGCAGCAAGCAACCUUGGGAUAAGUUGGUUUAGGGAAAAUACAGUAUCCCUAUAUUCAAUUUCAUUGCUUGGCUUAUCAUGACUACUCGAAGCAAGUUACAUAAAUGGGAAAGAAUUAGUGAUGACAGGUGUUUACUAUGUGGAUUGGAAAGUGAGAACAGGGAACACUUGUUUUUUGCUUGUACGUUUGUGCAACAUCUUUUGCAGGUUGCUGGUGUUGCCCAAUGGUUUGCAGGGGCCUGGGAUAGCUUAUUGAGCUCAGCAAGUGGAUUGUCAAAAGAAAAAAUAGUAGCAGGGAGAACAAUGUGUGUGUUGUGGUGUGGAGUAUCUGCUGCAAUAUGGCAGGAAAGAUGUCGCAGGUUUCAUGGUGAAAGUCCUAGAAGUGUUGAUGAUGUUUGAAGAAGCCUAAAGUUUGAUUUGAGUUGUAGGUUAAGUGUUGAUUUGUCUUUAUAUUACGAUUUUGAGUGUAUAGGAUUACUGGAGAGCAUACAUAAUUGAUCUCAUCCCUGAUUACAAAGUUGGUAGCUAGUUGAAUUGAGAGGAUCGAUUCUAUCUUUUCAGGGAAGUCCACAAUGGACUCUCCUACUUUGUUUUAUCAAUCUAGCAUCGUGUUUUGCGAUGCUUUGCUUAAUAAAAGUGGAUCUGAUUA